AUGGAGACCGUCCUAAUCGUCGGCGCAACAGGGAACAUUGGCGUCUCAGCCGUCAAAGCUGUGCUGCAAACAGGGCGUCACGUACUCGCCGCCGUUCGUAAUCAGGCUUCCGCAGAGAAGCUCUUCCAUCAUGUAGGAACCAAGGACGGAAUAACCACCGUUGAAGCCGACGUCUGUUCCGAGAAGGGGGUGCAGGGGAUCGUUGAUUUAGUCAGACAGGGCAAGCUUCCUGCUUUUCAGCAUGUUUAUGCUGCCGCUGGAGGUGGAUACUCAGCCACGCCGUUGCAGGAGCUCAGCACGGAAGACUUGCGCCAGAUCAUGACUGUCAACUUUGAAUCAAACCUUUGGGCAUAUCGAGCUACUAUCCCCUACCUACUCGCCCAAAACGACUCUCGCAGUACCUGGACUCUCUGCACAGGAUCUCAGGGUGACCUAGGAGCACGCGCCCCGCCCGCUCUGACUCAGGGAGCAUUGUACUCCAUGGCUAAUGUGGCAUGCCGCGACAACUACAAGACGAAUGUCCGGUUCAACGAGAUAUACCUGGCUUUGCGCGUUGAAGUAGAUGAGUCGGCUAUGAAGACUGGCGCAAUGAAGGCUAGCGAGUUUGCAAAGUGCUAUGCUGCGCUGCUGUCGGAUACGGGGAUUCGUAGUAGUCGGGUGACUGUGUCUGGGUAUGAUGAUUUGGAGAAGUUGAAGCACGAGUCGAAAGUUAACCUGUAG